CUCAUGUUGUGUUGCUCCGAGCCGACAGGGGGCGCUGUGGUGAAAUGUUACCUCCAAAAACUGUCUAUCAUCUGACGGAGACUCAGCUGGCCCUCCACUAGUUUUUGACAACAACGACUCAGUCGACAAUGUUCACAUGGUGACUACUGGACAAAAAACCGCCACAACCUACAAUUAGUCUAUUCCUGUUUUUAUUCGUUGACGCUGUGAAUCAUGGAGCCGUCUGCGCCCAAAAGCAAGCUGAAAAAGCUGAGCGAGGACAGUUUGACCAAACAACCAGAGGAAGUGUUUGAUGUUCUAGAGAAACUCGGUGAAGGUUCUUAUGGCAGCGUGUUCAAGGCCAUCCAUAAAGAGUCGGGCCAGGUCGUGGCCAUCAAGCAGGUUCCUGUGGAGUCAGAUCUGCAGGAGAUCAUCAAGGAGAUUUCCAUCAUGCAACAGUGUGACAGUCCUUAUGUAGUGAAGUACUACGGCAGCUACUUCAAGAACACAGACCUGUGGAUCGUCAUGGAGUACUGCGGAGCCGGCUCGGUCUCUGACAUCAUCAGACUGCGCAACAAAACGCUCACGGAGGAUGAGAUCGCUACCAUCCUGAAGUCGACACUGAAGGGUCUUGAAUAUCUUCACUUCAUGAGGAAGAUCCAUCGGGACAUCAAGGCAGGAAACAUCCUCCUCAACACAGAGGGACACGCCAAACUAGCUGACUUUGGAGUUGCUGGACAACUAACGGACACCAUGGCAAAGAGAAACACUGUGAUCGGUACUCCUUUCUGGAUGGCUCCAGAGGUGAUCCAGGAGAUCGGCUACAACUGUGUGGCCGACAUCUGGUCUCUGGGCAUUACGUCCAUAGAGAUGGCAGAGGGCAAGCCUCCCUACGCUGACAUCCAUCCCAUGAGAGCAAUCUUCAUGAUCCCCACCAACCCUCCUCCAACAUUCAGGAAGCCGGAGCUUUGGUCAGACGACUUCACAGACUUUGUCAAGAAGUGUUUGGUCAAGAAUCCAGAGCAGAGAGCGACCGCCACACAGCUCCUACAGCAUCCAUUCAUCAGUCAGGCCAAGCCGGUCACAAUCCUGAGAGACCUGAUAACCGAGGCCAUGGAGAUGAAAGCCAAGAGGCAGCAGGAGCAGCAGAGAGAGCUGGAGGAGGAGGAUGACAACUCUGAGGAGGAGACGGAGGUGGACUCUCACACUAUGGUGAAAUCAGGCUCAGAGGGCGCGGGGACCAUGCGGGCUACCAGCACCAUGAGCGACGGGGCACAGACGAUGAUCGAACACGGCAGCACCAUGCUGGAGUCAGACCUGGGCACCAUGGUCAUCAACAGUGACGAUGAAGAGGAGGAGGAAGAUCAGGGAUCCAUGAGAAGACAUGCCACCCCCCAGCAGCCCAUACGUCCGUCCUUCAUGGACUACUUUGACAAGCAGGACUCUAACAAGGCAGCCCAGCAGCAGGAGAACUACAACCACAACCAGCCGCAGGAGCAACCGGGCUACCACAUCCAGUCCAAGAACGUUUUCCCCGACAACUGGAAGGUGCCUCAGGACGGAGAUUUUGACUUUUUGAAAAACCUGGACUUUGAGGAGCUGCAGAUGCGCCUGAGUGCCUUGGACCCCAUGAUGGAGCGGGAGAUUGAGGAGCUCAGGCAGCGCUACACCGCCAAGAGGCAGCCAAUCCUGGACGCCAUGGAUGCCAAGAAGCGACGGCAACAGAACUUCUGAGUGCUCCUCCCUGUCGCCUUCACCUUCUCGGUCUGGGUUUCCCAAAGCCACCAUGACUACAAAACUUAUGUCCACUUGACUCAGAAGAACUAAAAAUGACCUCGUUGCUCUUGUUGGAAGCCCACUGCUGGUCUGGACUGACUGCUGACUGGAGGAACAGUCAGUCAGCAGAGGAGGAAAGUUGGUUUGGUUUGUUGCCUGGGUGACGUCCAUUUUGGCCCCUGGAUUCAACUCAUACACACAUCUGGAUUGUUCUAUACUUUGUCUGGAUGCUGUUCGUCCAUAUCUCACAUUUGUUCCUUACUGUGAAGUUGUUUUUAAUGAAUGAUGAUGCAGGAACCAAGCCUUGACGAUUACACAUCUGGAAGUCACAAAAUUAAUUUCCCCCUUUCUCAAUAAAUUUACCUUUCAUGUUGCGCAGACAACCACCAUCAAAGCAUAAAGAAGGAUCUCUUCUACGACAUCCAGGCCAAUAUGUCACCCAUCCUCUGGUAGCAGUGAGGCUAUAAAGCAGUGCGGUCGAUAACCAGUGGUCUUUUUUUUUUUUCUUUUCUUUUUUUUUUCCCUCAAACUUUUUACUUUCACUGUAAAUAAAAUAAUAUAGAGCCUAGUUUGGAAAUACCUGCGACAAAAAGCUGUGGAGGUUUGUCCAUGACCAAAGACAAUCAAGAUGAUGUUGAUUAAGUUGAGAAUGCCUUAAAAUAUUUGAAAGCUGGUUUUCAAAAAGGAAAAAAAAAAAAAAGCAAUGUCAUAAAGAAAAACAACCAAGUUUUCCGAGCCUCACCUGGAGAUGAGUCGGAAGUGGACGGCGGAAAGCAGAAUGAACGGAAAUCAGUCAGAUGGUGAAGAAAGAAAUGUUGCAUGUUUUCAAUCGUUUGUGGACCAGAAAGUUCUGAACUUAUUUCGUUCAUCUUUUGUUAUCAUUUAUUUAAUCUUUUUCCUCUUUAAUUCUGAUGUUCUGGGCUACUUUGAACAUCGAGGGCAACAUUUAUAUAUGCCUCAUAACACAUCUGUCCCAGUUCUACAUCCCUUUCUGAGCACAGACGUAUCCACUGCUCUUACUUAAUUUAAAAGCAGAGUCUUUACUCGAGUUAAAAACAAAGUUUAAAUCCAUAUUCAUUCCAAAAUAAGAACAAAUUUUAAAACUUCUAUGAUUUCCAGACAAGCAAAAUCAUUCCAUAACACCUGUAUGACUUAUUUUUAUCUCUCAGGAGUCUUUAAAAAUCCUGUACGUCUGUUUUAUCGUUCUAAUAAUCUUGUUUUCUCUGAUUGUUCCACACUUUGAUUGAUAGAUCUGAGUAUGACUUUAUAAAACAUUUCAUCCAGAUGUGGAGACAUCCUUUACAUAAAACAGCGGAUGUGGAAGAUAACGGUUCAGGGCUAAGAGAAGAAAGCAACGAGUUGUCAAGUUAACUGUUGUACAGCUGUUGUCCACUUCAGGAGAAAAGCAUCAGGUUGAGACGAUACACUCAAGUGACUGAUAUCAGACAGCCGCUGCAUCAGCCACACGUCUAACGUCUGAAUUUCAGACUUUUUUUUAUUUGCAUUAAGAAAUUUUUUUUUUCAGGUUUCCUUGCAGGUUUCGCUUCAGCAGUUAUGAGUGAGAGAGAAUGUUGCGGUUACGAGAUGUGAUGUUAUUAAUGAAGGAUGGAAGAUGUCGUGCGUUUCGUGCAUAUUUGUGAGUUAAAAACUGUACUUAGGCGAGAAACUGUCCGGGUCCGAGAUCAACUGCGUGUUGUGAAAUCACUUCUCCUCUGUGUGAGUGAAGGUUAGUGAGGCUUUUGAGCAGCGGUGACGGUUUGGAAACCCACACUAACGAGAUGAUGACGAAGGAAUCAAACUGUCAGGGCUGGAAUUUACUUUGUGUUGAUGUUUUUUUGAUUUUUUUUCACAUGUGCUAAUAACGACCCUUUGAAUGAAUUCAGACUGUCCUUAUACUAAAACACAUGUAUGUCUGCAGGUUGCUGUUCCAUAUGAAUGUUAAUAUGCAGUCUUGACACGCUGCAUAUUAAUUUUAAUGAUAUAGUAACCUUAUAUCGAUCUGUUACACUAUCUAAAUGUCUUAUCUGAUGGACAAUGUGGCCAAAACGAGGCUGACUUUUUAAAAACUUUGAUCCAAAUUUCAAUCAGUACUUUCUCAUGAAUGAUCAUGUCUGUUUGUUCUUCAAAAUGUUUGUUUUUUGUUUUUGUUUUUUCUGAACGAGGAAUCAUUACCACACUUACUAUGAAUUGACUGUCACUCACUCUUUGAUGAUUUUUUUUUUUCGCUUUGUGCUGAAGUCUGCAGUGCAUCGGCAACUUACAUACAAGCAUUCACACUUUUAUUAUUUAUUAAAAUAUGUAUUUUUCUUUUUGUGACACUGGUUUAAAUAUAGAAGCUGACAUGGCUGUUAAUAUUUUUGCCCUUUGUCAACUAUAUGUGGCUUGAGUUCUGUGUGUUUUUAGACUAUGCAUGUUUGCAGCUUUUAACGAAAACUUAUCUGCUCUGUUUGAAAUAUGACAUUGUUGAAAUUCUGCCAUAUUAUGUAUAGUUAUCUGAAAUCUAAAAAUCACUUUUUUUGAUAUAUAGCUUAUAUGAUUUCAUUUAUUUCCACUGUUAUUUCUGCUACUUGAGGGUGUAGAGUGGAAUGUAAGCAUUUAUGUUUGAACCACUUAAUUUAUUAUCUUUUUGUUUGUGAAACUUUAUAAAGUUUUGGAAAAGGUGCAAGAAAUAAUAAAAGUUACUUCUAGUUAACCAUAA